CUUGCCUAGAUUAAAUCAAGAUGUCUUCAGGAAAGGCUUUCAUUGGAAAACCAGCCCCUGACUUUACUGCCACGGCUGUAAUGCCAGAUGGACAAUUCAAAGACAUCAAACUGUCUGACUAUAAAGGAAAAUAUGUUGUGUUCUUCUUCUAUCCCCUGGACUUCACUUUUGUCUGUCCAACUGAAAUUAUUGCAUACAGUGACAGAGCUGACGAAUUCAAGAAAAUUAACUGUGAAGUAAUUGGAGCUUCUGUUGACUCUCACUUUUGUCACCUUGCCUGGAUCAACACUCCUAAGAAGCAAGGAGGUUUGGGUACUAUGAAAAUCCCAUUGGUUUCUGACACCAACCGUGCCAUUGCCAAGGAAUAUGGAGUACUUAAAGAGGAUCAAGGCAUUGCAUACAG